GGACCUGGACUCCGAUCUGGGGCUGCGGCUGCGGCUGAGGCCUGCAGCAGCAGCUAUGUCUGCGGGGCGAGAACAUUGCCGCUUUGCAGGCGGUUCCAGCUCGCUCUGCAGGUCCGGGUGGCGAUUUGGCAGGCCCGCAUUGGGCGUCUCUGAUGCUGCCUGCUCCGGUCGAAGAAAUGCUGCAGCCGCCCUUGCGUUCGGGUGAUCUUCGCACUGUUCGCUGCCCAGCGAAAUCGGCACUGCGGCUCGGGUCGAGGAUUUUCACGAAUCGGGAUGCUGCACAGGCUUGGCGAUUCCUUAGGCCGUACGCAUGCGAUGUAGCCAAGUUCCCAUGUUGCUGAGAGGAGUCGUCUCGUCCGAAAUCGGUCUCUUGCCCUCGUCUUGCGAACUGUAGCGCGACUAUGGAGCUCGCCCUUGCCUCGACCGGUCUCACGGCCUUUCGUCUUCCUCCUGUACAGUGUGCGCCGUCGUCGUCGUUCGCCAGAGCAAGCCAUGGAGACAGGAGGAGACCCUCGGGCAGUGCAAUGCUCGGCUGUUCCAUGACCUCAGCGGGUCGAUUGUCUGGCGCUGUAACAGGCCGACAUUUCUCGAAAAGUUCGUUCGCUCUGUCGACCAGGAAACAGGGAUUUUGCUCGUCGUCUCCGUGUGGAACACUUUCUGCUUUUUCUCGACGAGAUGGUCGUCUGGACAGUCGCCUGCUGAGUGGCAGUGGAGCAUCUGUAUCGUCCCAAGAUGAUGGGGAGGACGACGAGGGAGCAGAACCCGCUGUGGAGCUGCAAGGCUGGGAGAAGAAUGCAGAGCAGAUCGGAGAGGCUCUGUCCUCGGCCUUCCCUUUGUGGGUAGCAUUGGCUUGUGUAUUGGCUCUCGUCUGGCCCAGCUCAACCUACUGGAUUGAUCAGCGAGUGCAAGUCUUUGGAAUCACCGUCACCAUGCUUGGGAUGGGUAUGACAUUAACUCCGAAGGAUUUCCAAGGCGCAUUGUCGAUGCCGAAGGAAGUGCUUGCCGGAGUCGUCCUCCAGUACACGGUGAUGCCCACCUCAGGCUAUCUCGUGAGCAAGUUGCUGCAGCUGCCUCCGCACUUUGCUGCUGGCCUUAUCCUUGUAGCGUGCUGUCCCGGAGGUACCGCGAGUAAUAUCGUUACCUACCUUGCCAGGGGAAAUGUGGCUCUCUCGGUCAUCAUGACAGCCGUGAGCACCUUCUUGGCUGUAAUUAUGACUCCAGUUUUGACUGCGAAGCUUGUUGGGCAAUAUAUUGCUGUGGACGCGGCCUCCCUGUUUUUCUCCACUGUGCAGGUGGUCCUGCUGCCAGUUCUUGGAGGCGCUUUUUUGAAUUACUUCUUCAAGAGUGCCGUCAAGAAGAUCUCUAUAUUGGCUCCAUCCAUUGCAGUGUUUAUGGUCGCCAUAGUAUGCGCGGGAGCAGUAGGUCGUAGUGCGAGUGCCAUUCUUUCUUCCGGUGGACAGCUGUUUCUGGCAGUGGGUGCUCUGCACGGCCUUGGCUUUGCUGGAGGCUACAUAUUGUCGAAGCUUUUCCGCAUUGACGAAGCGUCUUGCAGAACCAUUUCGAUCGAAGUUGGAAUGCAGAAUUCCGUUCUUGGAGUUGUGCUGGCAGGUCAACAUUUCACCAAUCCUCUCACUGCAGUACCUUGUGCAGUUUCCAGCGUGUUUCAUUCUGUUUUUGGCAGCACUCUUGCGGGGAUAUGGAGACUAUAUCCAACAAACAAUGACAAAGACAAUGCAGUUUUGACAUCCUGACAUAAUUUGUUGACACCUCAUCCCCUUGUCAUGCAUCCUGAUCGGCCCGUUUCACUUGAUUCAAGAUACUCUACACUCUGGAAGUUCCGUGUGUAUUACGAGGACCACAGGAAAAUCUAUUCCAGGUCUGCGGAUUUGAGAUUGGAGUUACGUGCACAGAUGUUAUCACAGGGUUAAUAGGACAAACACUUUUUUAUGGAUGUGUCAGAACGUCAUAGGAGCUAUCUUGUCUUGAUCGACAAUUAGCUACAACUAGUGAGUGAAUGCGCUUCUUCAAGUAUGGACUUUUUGCUGCACAGAUUCAGGUAGUUCCUCUCAACUUGCCGUUGAAGAUUACAUGACCAGUAAGUUCUUAUGACGUGAAGAAGAUUUCUUCACGUCAUUCUCAUGUUGUGCACAUGAAAGAAGUUAAUGCCCACUUAUAAAACGAGGAGGAGAAAGAGUUUCACCAUCAUUCAC